GGUCAAGGGUAUCCACCUCCGCCUCGCCUCCACGGCUGAUCCCGGCACCCUCCUUGACAGCGCCGGGGUGACAGCGCCUCCUGACUCAUCGUAGGGCCGGUUUCUUCUCACGACCAGCCGGAGCCUGGACGCCUACACCUUCCCGGGAACGGGAGGGCGCGCUUCCCCCGCCUACGAGUCGCAGCCCCGGGCUCUGAGCGCCCACCAAAGCCAGGGGCCUUGCUGGUCCCUCCGCGCUGAUGUCAAGAGGGACUGCCGGCCCGCGGUGGCGGCCGAGUACGGUCCUUCAGCGCCAUAGGCCGGCCGUGGGUGGUGUCGGUUCUUAUCGCGCCGCAGGUUCGCCAGCUCCCGCCCCGACUUGGAUGGGCUCCCCUACACGAUAAAUGUGGCUGCUGAGGCGGCGGUGGCGGUGGCCGGUCCCGCUGCUGCUACACUCCAAGUUCACCUCCGCCCCGGUGCUCUUCUGCCCCACCUCGGGGCUGCCGCCGCCCGCUCCUUAUCCCCUGGCCCUGGCCCUGCAGCGUGGCGACAAUGGACAAGAUCCUGGAGGGCCUGGUGAGUUCUUCGCACCCGCUGCCCCUAAAGCGGGUGAUUGUGCGGAAGGUGGUGGAAUCGGCGGAGCAUUGGCUAGACCAGGCGCAGUGCGAGGCCAUGUUUGACCUGACGACCCGGCUCAUCCUGGAGGGCCAGGACCCUUUCCAGCGACAAGUGGGUCACCAGGUACUGGAGGCCUACGCACGCUACCACCGGCCCGAGUUCGAGUCCUUCUUCAACAAGACCUUCGUGUUGGGCCUCCUUCAGCAGGGCUACCACUCGCUGGACAGGAAAGACGUAGCCAUCCUGGACUACAUUCACAACGGCCUGAAGCUGAUCAUGAGCUGCCCAUCGGUGCUGGACCUCUUCAGCCUGCUGCAGGUAGAGGUGUUACGGAUGGUUUGUGAGAGGCCAGAGCCCCAGCUUUGUGCCCGACUGAGCGACCUUCUGACCGACUUCGUGCAGUGCAUCCCCAAAGGGAAAUUGUCCAUCACCUUCUGUCAACAGCUGGUUCGAACGAUAGGCCAUUUUCAGUGCGUGUCCACCCAGGAGAAGGAGCUACGGGAGUAUGUCUCCCAGGUAACAAAAGUGAGUAACUUGCUGCAGAACAUCUGGAAGGCCGAACCCUCCACACUGUUACCUUCCCUGCAAGAAGUUUUUGCAAGCAUCUCUUCCACAGAUGCAUCAUUUGAACCUUCUGUAGCAUUGGCAAGCCUCGUGCAGCAUAUUCCUCUUCAGAUGAUUACAGUUCUCAUCAGGAGCCUUACCACAGAUCCCAAUGUAAAAGAUGCAAGUAUGACCCAAGCUCUUUGCAGAAUGAUUGACUGGCUGUCCUGGCCAUUGGCUCAGCAUGUGGAUACAUGGGUAAUUGCACUGCUGAAAGGACUAGCAGCUGUUCAAAAGUUUACUAUUUUGAUAGAUGUUACUUUGCUGAAAAUAGAACUGGUUUUUAAUCGACUUUGGUUUCCUCUUGUGAGACCUGGUGCUCUUGCAGUUCUUUCUCACAUGCUGCUUAGUUUUCAGCAUUCUCCAGAGGCGUUCCAUUUGAUUGUUCCUCAUGUAGUUAAUUUGGUCCACUCUUUCAAAAAUGAUGGCCUGCCUUCCAGUACAACCUUCUUAGUGCAGUUAAUAGAAUUGAUACACUGUAUGAUGUAUCAUUAUUCUGGAUUUCCAGAUCUCUAUGAACCUAUUCUGGAGGCAAUAAAGGAUUUUCCUAAGCCUGGUGAGGAGAAGAUUAAGUUGAUUCUCAAUCAAAGUGCCUGGACAUCUCAAUCCAAUUCUUUGGCAUCUUGCUUGUCUAGACUUUCUGGAAAAUCUGAAACUGGGAAAACUGGCCUUAUUAACCUAGGAAAUACAUGUUAUAUGAACAGUGUUAUACAAGCAUUGUUUAUGGCUACAGAUUUCAGGAGACAAGUAUUAUCAUUAAAUCUAAAUGGGUGCAAUUCAUUAAUGAAAAAAUUACAGCAUCUUUUUGCCUUUUUGGCUCAUACACAGAGGGAAGCAUAUGCACCUCGGAUAUUCUUUGAGGCUUCCAGACCUCCAUGGUUUACUCCCAGAUCACAACAAGACUGUUCCGAAUACCUCAGGUUUCUGCUUGACAGGCUCCAUGAAGAAGAAAAGAUCUUGAAAGUUCAAUCCUCACACAAGUCUUCUGAAAGUCUGGGGUGCAGUGAAACUUCUUUACAGGAAGUAGCCAGUAAGGCAACUAUACUGACAGAGACCCCUUGCACAAGUGACAGUGAGAAAACUUUAAUAGAAAAAAUGUUUGGAGGAAAACUACGGACUCACAUAUGUUGCUUGAACUGCAGGAGUACCUCACAAAAAGUGGAAGCCUUCACAGAUCUUUCACUGGCCUUUUGUCCUUCCUCUGCUAUGGAAGACUUGUCUUUCCAAGAUCCAGCAUCAUUAUCCAGUGCACAAGAUGGUGGCCUAAUGCAAGCCAGUGUAUCUGGUCCUUCAGAAGAACCAGUAGUCUAUAAUCCAGCAACAGCUGCCUUUGUCUGUGACUCUGUUGUGAAUGAAAGAACAAUAGGCAGAUCUCCUGAUGGGUUUCACUAUACCGAAAACACUUCUGUCCCUAAUGAAUCUUCCAAGAUUCUUAUCAAUAAAGAUGUACCUCAGAAACCAGGAGGUGAGACUACACCUUCAGUAACUGACUUACUAAAUUAUUUUUUGGCUCCAGAGAUUCUUACUGGUGACAACCAAUAUUAUUGUGAAAACUGUGCCUCUCUGCAGAAUGCCGAGAAAACUAUGCAAAUCACGGAGGAACCCGAAUACCUUAUUCUUACUCUCCUGAGAUUUUCCUAUGAUCAGAAGUAUCAUGUGAGAAGAAAGAUUUUAGACAAUGUGUCACUGCCACUGGUUUUGGAGUUGCCAGUUAAAAGAACUACUUCUUUCUCUUCAUUGUCAGAAAGUUGGUCUGUAGAUGUUGAUUUCACUGAUAUUGGUGAGAACCUAGCUAAAAAAUUAAAGCCUUCUGGAACUGAAGAAGCUUUCUGUCCAAAAUUGGUCCCUUACCUAUUAAGUUCUGUUGUGGUUCACUCUGGUAUAUCCUCUGAAAGUGGGCAUUACUAUUCUUAUGCCAGAAACAUCACAGGUGCAGAGUCUUCAUACCAGAUGUGCCACCAGCCUGAAACUCUCACAUUAGCACCCUCCCAGAGUCAUUUACUAGGCAGAGAUAGUCCCAGUGCACUUAUUGAACAGGAUUUGGAAAGUAAGGAAAUGUCAAAAGAAUGGUUUUUAUUUAAUGACAGCAGAGUGACAUUCACUUCAUUUCAGUCAGUCCAGAAAAUUACAAGUAGGUUUCCAAAAGAUACCGCAUAUGUGCUUUUGUAUAAGAAACAGAAUGCCACUAAUGGUUUAAGUGGUAAUAAUCCAACCAGUGGACUCUGGGUAAAUGGAGACCCACCUCUACAGAAGGAACUUAUGGAUGCUAUAACAAAGGACAAUAAACUAUAUUUACAGGAACAAGAGUUGAAUGCCCGAGCCCGGGCACUACAAGCCGCAUCUGCUUCCUGUUCAUUUCGGCCCAAUGGAUUUGAUGACAAUGACCCACCAGGAAGCUGUGGACCAACUGGUGGAGGGGGUGGAGGAGGAUUUAACACAGUUGGCAGACUCGUAUUUUGAUCCCGAGAGUGUCCAAAAAUCACUUGAUCACAAAAUAGCUAAUACCAUGACUGUUAAAAUGUCAGACUGUAACAAAUAUCAUACCUAUCUUUUAUUUUUCUUUUCAUUAGACCCUUGUACUUUAAGAAAACACACCCAGUGCUUGUUUUUAUUUUGUUGACAAUACAUUUAUUAACAAAAUGCAUCAUGGGAAAAAAUCUACCUCUUAAGAUUCCAUUUGCAUUAUGGUUAGUCAUGCUUGACCAAAAAUGUUCAGAGGAAACAAUGUACCUGGUCCCUAAUUAAGCUGCACUAAAUUUGGUAGAAGCAUUUAAGUGGUCUAUCUUCGGUUCUACUGAACAAAAAGUAUGUAAUUCACUUAGCAUUCUUUAUAUAAGAAUUGAGUCUAGAAGUAAGAAAUAUUGUUUUAAAGAAAAUCCUUUUUUUUUGUGUAGUUACCCAGUUAUUAAAUUCAAAUCUUUGAAAAUACUAGAGAUGAUCCUGUCUCUAAUGAAGGCAAUAACAAAAUUUAUCAAGCUAUAGUAUUUUUCAGGUUUCUGUUUAGUGCUAUCUUCAGUAUCACUGUAUCUGCAUUUCAAUACAGAUGUUUUAAAAAAGGAUUAUUUAUACAUAUGUGCUGAAUUGAUUUUAAGAAAGGUGCAUGAUCCUGUAGAAGCAAUGUUUUUACCUAAAAAUUGCUAACUUUGUAGUAUUUCUAAUUGUUCAAGAAUUUUAAACUUCUAUUUCAGGGAGUAUAUCAUCUGUGUAUUUUGAAGGAGGUGAGUUCUGUAUGUGCCUUGCAGUACUGUAAUUCAAAAAUAGGAAUCUUUGGCUGCAGAAAAGUUUUUUUAAAAAUGAAAUGUUAGGAAGUAAUUUUUGUGCUAACAUUAAAAUUGUAACUUUUUGAAAGGUAUUAGAUUUUUCCAGAAGCAAAAUCUGAUGGUUCUAAAUCAGUAAGUAUAAUAGUAAAUUUUUAACUCUUAGAAAAAUUCAAAGGAAGUGAACUUAGUUAAGUAAAAAAUCUUUUUUGAUUUGUUACUUAAUCCUCAAAACAUUAAACAUUGAUAACAUAUUUUUGGAGUUGUAGAAUUGGAAUUUUUUGCUUGUUUGAGUCAUGUUCUCCACAAUUACCUCUAUUUCUCAGUUUCAGAUAAAAUGUGAAAACGCCAGACCCUACCUUCACACAUUAUUUUUGGCGAGGAAACUGGAAGCUUGUCAGUUCUCCUGGGUUUUGAUUAUGUAGUAUUCAAGAGUUACCCCAAAUAUCCUCCUUCCUGAAGGUUUUAACUUAUCCAUGGUUGUGCAUUGUUCUAAAGAUUGGUCUCAUUUAUUUUGAAAACAUUUUGAGGAAAUAAGGUUCUUUGGUGAUUCAGGUUUAUCUUUUUCCCAAGCUCUUGUGGCAGCAGUUUAAAACAACACCUCAUCUUCAUUCCACUACCUGCCCACUCCUAACCCGUUUCUAAUUACCCAGAAGACUAAAAAUGGAUUAAAACUGGAAACGCUUUACAGAAUUGAUCAAGAUUUGGCUUCUCUGUAAAUGAAUGAGCCAGAAAGAUUUUCAUCAUGCUUUCCUGUGAUUUUCUGAGUUACCCUAUGUGUU